AUGUCUCACGGAGCUGGAGGGUACAUCAAUGGCGUGGUUUCCGACAACAAGACCCCGUCGCCGUCACAGCCUCCAGUUCAUGUCCCCAAGCGAAAGCCGGUCCAUCGAAAACCUGUGGGAGUGGACUCGAAUUCCACCACUCCAAGUGCCAGCCCGAACCCUCAGACAGGCUCACCUCUGCUGGGACCUCCAAUCAUACCUUAUGGAGCUGCGAGUGCCACGGGCACGCCGUCUGCUGCUCCGGGGACGCCUCCUGCAGCCGCCAAAAAGCAAUACCGGUAUUCUUCUCUGCUUGAUCCAGAGCCGACCUCUCCGAAACCCGCGACCUCGGAACGCCGGGCCGUAAGCGAGGCCCGAAAAGUGCCUCCACUUCAAACGACAUCUGCUGGCGGAUUAUCUGGAGCAAUCAACUUUUCCAAACCCGUGUCACCGGCAAGCCAACAUGCACAACAGGGCGUGGGGUUUGGUAGAGCACAGGCCUCACAGUCGUCUACGGCCCAACCACCGCCGUCGCUGCCACCAAAGGUCCCCGUAACAUCAACCCACAACCCCUACUCGGGGACUCCGGAGCUGAAACAGGCGUCGUUUGGUUAUCAGGCCAGUCAGUUUGCAAGCCCAGCUGCCGCUCCUUAUGCUACUAACGGAACGUCACCAAAACAGCAUGACUCGACCAGCCGCAACUACAGCGCUUCUUCUCGACCACCGGUGCCCAACACGUCUUAUUCGACACCAGUAGCACCUUCGACACCUAAGAAUAAUGGACCUGGCGGAAAUGUACCUGGGGGAAGUGCCCAUGGAAGCACGUCCGCAAGCUCGCAACAGAGCCCUCCCUACCCAGUCCCCGCAAACACGUCGUCAUACGGAUCAGCAUCGAAUACGACACGACAACCCUCGGCCGCCUCGACCACAACCUCUUCCAACAAGUCUACCCUGCCAUACCCAGUUCCUACUCCUGCUGCAACAAAACCCACGCCGCAAACUCCUCCCGUUCAGAGUGCGUACAAGUUUGAUAGCCCUCAAGUCGAGGUCAAGCCCGUGGCCAAACCAGCAGUGUCUAAACCGGCUAUGCCACCUAUUCCCAAAACUACCAUUAACACGUGCCCCCCUGCCAUGCCUCCUGUUCCCAAGACCAACAUUCAAAAGCCAAUACCCACACCUGCACCAGUAGCUCCUGCUGUCACAAAGGCACCUGUACCAGCCCCUGCUUCUGCGCCCACUCCUGCUGCUGCACCCAUCUACCAGCCGUCACACCAUCUGCCUCCUCGGUCUCCUUCCCCGGACUCGGACUACCAGCACUCGCCUCCCCGACGAACGCUGCGAGUCGUGAACGACUUUUCUUCUUCUAGUGACGAAGAUGAACCCACACCGGCAAAAGCUGCUCCCCCUGUGCCUACGGUCACCAAGACCCCCGCUGGACCUCGAGAGUACCCUCUGACGAACCGCAUGUCUCACCUGGAGAUCAAUGAUGGCAACCAUCUGGACCCUUUUACACCAGCAGCGCCUCUGAGAAUCCACAAGAAGAGCAAUUCGUCGACUUCCAACCCGUCGUUCGACUUUGCAACCCGUGAGUCGUUUUACGCCACGCCUUCUGGCUCUACAGAUGACAUUUCCCAGGAGUACGUGACCAACGAGUCGUACCUUAAUAGUCAGAGAGGAGGCGUUGAUAACAACAACAGAUCUAUGAGUUCCAUGUUUACCGGCAACCAUAGCUACGACAGCGGGAGCAGUCAUAGCACACGUCCCAUGAGCGGAGAGGAUCUGCUAGCGGGACAUCAUCUGCAACCUCAGUACACACACGAAUCAGCGAUUGAUCCCUUUGAUCCUUCGUUUGAUCCUCACAACCCAGCAUACGAGCCUAGAACUUCUUACGAGCAUCCCGAACCUCCUUCACCCCAAACCCCUGCGAUCCCUGAAGGGGUUGCUUUCGACGGAUCUGCAUUUGGAGGAGGAGCUGUCAUUGGUGGUUCUGUUGCUCCCGUUCUCUUGGAUCCCUCAAUUAAUAUCCCAGAUCCUACAGAGUAUGGUGCUUUUGAUGUGGGCGCUCCAUUGGUACCUUCAGUCACCAAUAUGAGUACUGGAACCGCCACAAGCAUGCCAGGAUUACGGGGCGCACCGAGCAUCAUCUCGACCACUUCCCAGGUGUCUCAAAAGGGCAGAAUUUCCAACUCCGACUAUCCUGCUUUGGGUGUCGAGUCUCAGUAUGUCCGUGCGUUGAGAAAACGAACAGCCUCAGCAUGGUGUGAAGUGCCCUCCAAGGUCUGGGGUCUUCCCCUGGGUAUCUCGGACAAGGCUGGAAAGAAGUUCAACAAGAACAUGGACAUGCGAUAUGCAGCUGGCCUCAAGAGGACCAUGGACAUUCGUCACUCCCACUUGAAGCCCAGGUUGCUGGCUUCGGAGGUUGACGAUGACGACGGAAAGAGAAGCAGCAGUCACACGGACAUGCCAUCGUCCAUGCAUGCUCCCUCUAUCCAUUCCAUGUCGCGAUUCGAUAACCGGUCCAUCAUCUCUCACGACGAUGAUGUUGACGGUAGAAGCAGUGUUUCUUUGGUUUCAGCACCUCAAGAAAGCACGCCACCUCCUGCAGUUCCAGCUUCACGAGGACGAGCCGCGUCUGAUUCGUCUCAGGAGAGUGUCCAGGAGGUACGACGGAUUCACCUAUUUGUUGCCAAUCCUGAUAGCGACUGA